ACGUCAGAAACGUCAAGUCAAUGUUACGUGACUAUAAAGUUCAUAAUGGGUUAUCGCUGGUGAUAAAAUAAUACUUGCGUUUAUGUAAAAGUAAAACAGAACUUUGUUCAAUUAUUCUAGUCAAUACAAUUUAUAUUUCAUCAUCAUGAACAACAAGCUGUUACAAAUAUGUUUUUACGAUGCUGCUAAGAAAUUUCAGAGGUUUUCACUACAAAGCUUGAAGAGCUCAUCGUUGACAGUGCAGACCAAAACCGGCCUUCAAAAAACUUUUCCAGUCAGAAGUUAUAGUACAGCAGCAGCAAUGGACAAGAAGUUGUUGAACGGGAACCUGUGGGACACAGAUCCAGAGCUGUUUGACAUCAUUGUGAAGGAGAAGAAGCGGCAAGAGGCGGGGCUGGAGAUGAUUGCUUCAGAGAAUUUCACCUCUGUUCCGGUGCUCCAGUGUCUGAGCUCAUGUCUCCACAACAAGUAUUCUGAGGGCAUGCCAAACCAAAGAUAUUAUGGAGGCAAUGAAUAUAUUGAUGAAAUUGAAAUUUUAGCUCAACAGCGCUCUCUACAGACUUACAGACUGAAAUCGGAAGAAUGGGGAGUGAAUGUGCAGCCCUAUUCAGGUUCCCCAGCAAAUUUUGCGGUGUACACGGGCGUGGUGGAGCCCCACGGCCGCAUCAUGGGACUGGACCUGCCUGACGGUGGGCAUCUCACCCAUGGCUUCUUCACCCCUACUAAGAAGAUCUCCGCUACCUCAAUCUUCUUUGAAAGCAUGCCAUACAAAGUGAACCCCAAGACCGGUCUGAUCGACUACGACAAGCUGGCAGAGACCGCUCGGCUGUUCAAGCCCCGCCUCAUCAUCGCCGGCAUCUCGUGCUACUCGCGCUGCCUCGACUACAAGCGCUUCCGGCAGAUCGCUGAUGAAAACGGCGCUUAUCUCAUGGCCGAUAUGGCUCAUAUAUCUGGUUUAGUUGCAGCAGGUGUGAUCCCCAGCCCGUUCGAGUACUGCGACAUAGUAACAACGACCACCCACAAGACCCUCCGCGGGCCGCGCGCUGGAGUCAUCUUCUUCCGCAAAGGAGUGCGCUCGGUUAAGGCCAAUGGAGACAAAGUGCUGUAUGACUUUGAGUCCAAGAUCAACCAGGCUGUGUUCCCCGGUCUGCAGGGCGGACCCCACAACCACGCCAUCGCCGCCAUCGCCACGGCCAUGAAGCAGGCUCAAACUCCUGAGUUUGUGGAGUACCAAAAGCAGGUGAUCAAGAAUGCGCAGCGCCUCUGCGCCGGCCUUGUGUCCCGCGGCUACGACAUCGCGACGGGCGGCACCGACGUGCACCUCGCGCUGGUGGACAUGCGCGGCGCCGGCCUCAGCGGCGCGCGCGCCGAGCGCAUCCUCGAGCUGUGCAGCGUCGCCUGCAACAAGAACACCGUCCCCGGCGACAAGAGCGCGCUCAACCCUAGCGGCAUCCGACUCGGUACCCCCGCCCUAACAACCAGAGGCUUCAAAGAGGAACACAUGGACCGAGUAGUAGACUACAUUGACAAGGCCCUCAAACUAGCGCAAGAGAUCACGAAAAUCUCCGGACCCAAGCUGGCCGACUUCAACAAGGUCAUUGAAGAAAACAAUGACGUCAAAUCCAAAGUUCAGACGCUUAAAGAGGAGAUCGAGAACUACAGUAGAUCUUUCCCCUUACCGGGUUUUGAAACAUACUAAUAAAACAAGCAUUUUGUCACUGGUGGCCACAGUUGGGUUGUUAACCUUAAAAUGAGGUUAUAAAAGGCUGAACAUCAUAAACGCAUGACGCGACAUAGUGACACUGCCACAAAUGGUUUUUCUUGCAUAUCAGAUUUAAAAUGUCGUACAAAAUGAGUCGCGCUGUAAAUGAGUCAAGCCUAGUAAAAAUACGACGCCAUUCCAUAUAGUUCCUUGAUUAUUGUUAUUCGUAAAGUUAUGUACUCGUAUAAUGAAGCUUAAGAUAAGUACGAUGUUUACUCGUAUUUUAUUUUUGUACUUAGUACAAAAUUAUAAUCAUAACAUUAUAUAGUUGUAAGAAAAAGUGCCUUGAAGUAAUUUAUACUUUGUACAAGUAUGUAUAGCUACUAUGUCUGUAUUACACAGAAUCUCUUAUUUGUUUUCUUUUAUGAAGUUGUAACAUGACAUGAUUCCAUUAAUUAAAAUAUUACUCAAACUA